AUGUGGGGAAUUAGUGUGUCGAUAUUACUGCUGAUCAUUCUUUGCGUGGUGUGGAGCCCGGUGUCCUCGAGUUCGGUGACGGAUGUCGACUUCGAUGAUGAGAACCUUUGGUUGUUUGGACGUAAUCUCAUCGAGAGGAGAGAUCCGGAUCCUGGGAAACGCAAGCGUGGGAAAAACAAAAAUGGCGGCGGACGCAAACCAAAGGAAGGAGGCGGCAAAGACGGAAAAGGCGGUGGAGGUGGAAAAGGCGGUGCAGGUGGAGGACACGGUCCCGGUGCAGGAGGUGGAUACGGUCCCGGUAGUCCCAGUUACGAAGAAAGGAAGAAACGAUUUUGUGCAAGGAAGCCCAAGUGUUGUCCACACCCAGAUCCAAAUGAGAAUUGUGAAGAUCAUCUUGAUCAGUAUUGA